CAUCCGAAGUUGAAGAAAAGGGUUCGCACGUUUUCCCUCCUCUUAGCGUCCGAUUACACGCGCACACAAACGGCGUUUCUUCCCGCACAACAUUUACAUUGUGAUAGACCUCCCGUAGAAGCUGCCAUGACACAUUUCACCUCGGGGGGGGAUGCAAGAGUUUAAAAAGUUGUGUUAAUUCGCUGCAGUGUGUGAUCGCAGGGAGCGAGGGGACGUUUGGUGAACAACGUCACGUAGUGACCGACUGGAAGAUCGGAGCAACACCUCAACGUUACACCAAAAUGGCAACCCCCUAUGUCGAAGAUGAUUCUGGGAAAUACAUUGCUGCCACUCAGCGAGCCGAUGGAACAUGGAGGAAGCCGAGGCGGGUGAAGGAUGGUUAUACUCCACAGGAAGAAGUACCAGUCUAUGAAAACAAGUUUGUCAAGUUUUUCAAGGGCAAACCAGACCUGCCGCCUGGGAUGAGUCCGUCCGACGCGGUUCCGGCAAAGCAAAAGAUUCCCGGUUGCGGGGACGCCGAUGUGGCCGGUCUGUCAAAGGCGGCCAAACGCAACAUGAAACGUAAAGAAAAACGAAAACAGCAGCAGGAUGUUGACUCGGUGAGCGACGCUGUCGAGAACGUGUCCAUUUCAGAGAGCGACAAGUCUUCCGACAAGACGCCGGUGUCAGUCUCGUCUCCCAGUAAUUCCUCAGCGGAAGCCGACGAAAAGGCCAAGAAGAUCAAAAACCUGAAAAAGAAGCUGCGGCAAGCUGAGGAUUUGAAGCAUAAAGUGGACUCGGGGGAAAUAACAGAGCCAUCGAAGGACCAGUUGGAAAAGCUGCUCCGAGUAAAGGCCUUACAGGAUGAGUUACAGCAGCUCGAGUGUGACUCUUGAAGCAAUGAAGGAAAGCAAAGGAGUCAGACAGACUAAACGUACAAACCACAUACUGACAGACAGGGAAGGGACCUUUGUAGCUUUGGGAUCAUGGCCUCCGUUAGACAUUAUUUUACCUAUUUCAUACUCCUCAUGAACUCUGGAAGGGAACACAGUCCCAGCGCCUCACAGGCAGAGAAUGACAGAUGGUCCUGGUGGCGGCCAUCACAUUGUCAGAAUUGACGAGCAAGUUUCAGAUCUCCAGAUAGCAACGUGACUGCUUGUACACCUGUAUUGGCCUGGCCACGUGUUUAUGGAUAUCUUUAUAAAUAGCUCUUCAUUUGUACAUUGCUUUGUGCGUGUUUGUCCUUUUCCAUUUGGUACCUUUUCAUAGCAUCGGGUAUUGCUUACACAUACAAUAUUUUCUGUGAAAGAGAAUAUAGUUUGUUUAAUUGUCUAACUUUUUUUCCAGUCAUUGGAUGCCUUCUAAUUGCACCAAUAUUAAUUUACUGUCUAUACAGUUAUUACAUUAAAACUACAUGCUGGGAAAAAUCUUAA